UACUUGAAAUUUUUUUAAUAACUAUUAUAUACUGUAGUAAUAGUUACUGUAAUAGCAAUUAAUCCUAUAUAGUUAACUUAUCCAUACAAUACUAACAUACCAAACAAUUAUGUUAAUUUUUGGCCAAUUAGUCCAAAUUGUUUUAUUAGUAUUAAUAUCAGUAAAUAUUUUGCUAAUCAAAACUAGUACUGAUCUCUGCGAUGAUACUACUAUUACUAAUACUAAUCCGACUACUUCUACCCCUAUCCCUACUAAAACUACUACAACUAGACCUAUGUUGGGAACAAAAUAUAAUAUAACAUCUGGUAUUAGUUUUCCCGUAUCAUUGAAGACCAACAACACUGAUAAACAUUUUUGCGGCGGAUCUAUAAUAAGUCCCCAUUGGAUACUAACAGCAGCCAGUUGUGUAUAUAAUCGUACAGUUUCUAGUUUUUAUAUUAAUAUUCUCGGACAUCAUUAUCCGGUCAACCAAACCGUUAUACACGACCAAUACUCGGCCGCAACUCACGAAAACAAUAUAGCAUUGGUUAGGGUUGACAGAUACAUUACGGACGACGGCUAUACCGAAAUAAUAGCAAUUGCCGACCAACCAGCAGCUAACUGGUCACCAGCUAAUCUGCACGGCUGGGGACACGGAAAAUACGGUUGGAGUAUGAUGCCAUAUAACGCCCGGACAAUCGAUUUGCAACAGUGCACUGGUAUGAUGUUGUCGUCGAUAUCGGUCAACAAUACCAACAACAACACAAAUGCAACAACAAAUACACCGAUCAUUAAUAGUAACAAAGUUUGUUUGGUAACCCUUAAAGGAGAGGGUGUCUGUAAUGAUGAUGUAGGUGGUGCGGUAACAAUUGAUAAAAAAAACCAAAAUCAAUUAGAGCAUAGUAGAGAAAAAAUAUUAAUUGGUAUCAUAUCGGUAGACCUGGCCUGCGGUAUCGAUGGCCGACCACAAGUUGUUACCAGUAUUUAUCCAUAUCUUCAAUGGAUUAGCAAUAAAACAAAUAUUCAUGCGAUUAGCAAUAAUAAUAAUAACAAUACUAAUAAUGUUGACAAUCGGCCGGUUAUUUGUUCAACAAAUUUAUCCCGAUAUCAUAUGGGCUAUCCCGCGGCAUUGAAAGAUGAAUUUAAUGACCACUUAUGCGGCGGUAGUAUAAUUGGUGCAAAUUGGAUACUUACGGCUGCCAGUUGUGUUUAUAACCGUUCCUUAUCAAGAGUUUAUGUUGGUGUCGGUAAACAAAACUUCCGAUAUAAUAAUACAUACUAUGCUGUCGACCAAAUCAUUAUCAACGACCAGUACUCGCCUGAGACUAAACAACAUAACAUAGCACUGGUUCGGGUCGAGCCCUACAUAAGUGACAAUACUAUGGUACGUAUAGUUCAAUUGGCCGAUCAACCAGUUAUUGACGACUCGACUUUAGCCCAAAUAAAUAAUUGGGAAAGUGUAUGGCCUUAUGCAUAUCAAGUCCGGACACUUGGUUGGCAACAGUGUAAGUCUAUAUUGACUAACAAUACCAUCAACACAAACAACACAACAACAAACAUAGAUAGUAGUAAUGUUUGUUUAGUGAAAUACAAUAAAUAUGGUGUCUGUAAUGGUGAUGAAGGUGGACCAGUGACUAUAGAUAGACCACAACAACUAUCCAGAUAUUGUGCCGAUAGUAAAGCAGAUCGUAAAGAACAACUAGUAAUAGGUAUCCUAUCAACUGGACUGUCCUGCAAGUCUGGUCGACCCGAUGUUAUGAUCAGUAUUAACCCAUAUCUACAAUGGAUUAAACAGAAAACCAAUAUAAGUGCUAUUAGUAGUAGUAGUAGUAGUAGUAGUAGUAAUGAUAAUAAUACUAAUAAAGACAUUCAGCCGGUAAAAAUCAUAAGUGAUAAUCCGAUUUCGUGGGGUCCCAACAGUUUUUUUCCGUUUGGUUUGGGUUAUACGGCAUCGUUGAUAGACAACCAAUUGAAACAACACUUAUGUAGCGGUAGUAUCAUUGGUCAGAAUUGGAUACUAACGGCUGCCAGUUGUCUACAUAAUCGUCCCUUAUCAAGCAUUUAUGUUGGUAUCGGUGAUGAAGAUUUCGUACAUAAUCAUAGCUACUACGGUGUCGACCAAAUCAUUAUACACGACCAGUACUCCCCAGUGACUAAACAAAAUAAUAUAGCACUGGUUCGGGUCGAGCCCUACAUAAGUGAUAAUUCACGGGUAAAUAUAGUUCAAUUGGCCGAUCAACCAGUUAUUGACGACUCGACUUUAGCCGAAAUUACUUAUUCAUCAAAUAUAUGGAGCGGAACAAGUGAUGUCCGUACACUUGGUUGGCAACAAUGUAAGUCUCUAAUGGCAAACAAUACCAUCACCACAAACAACACAACAACAAACAUAGAUAGUAGUAAUGUUUGUUUAGUGAAGUAUUUUGGUUGUAAAGAUGAUGCUGGUAAUCCAGUAACAAUAGAUAGACAAAAACAAUAUUAUAAUCGGAAAAGCUGUCCUAUAGAUAGAAAACUAUUAAUAGGUGUUCUAACCGAUGACCUGUACUGCAAGUCUGGUCGACCCGAAGUUAUGAUCAGUAUUAACCCAUAUCUACAAUGGAUUAAACAGAAAACCAAUAUAAGUGCUGUUAGUAGUAGUAGUGAUAAUACGACUACUAAUAAUGAUAUUCAACCGGUAAAUCUGAUUAUUGAAGAUCCGAUAAAUAUAGAUCCGGGAUUCUCUCAUUCAAAAUCUAGAAACACCCGGUUUGGUUUGCGUUAUACGGCUUCGCUGAUGGACAACCAAUCUAAGCGACAUUUUUGUAGCGGUACUAUCAUUGGUACGAAUUGGAUACUAACGGCUGCCAGUUGUCUACAAAAUCGUACUGUUUCUAGUAUUUAUGUUGGUGUCGGUAAAAAUGAUUACCAAUUAAAUAAUACAUUGUAUACUGUAGUCCAAACCAUUUUACACGACCAGUACUCGCCACUGACUAAACAAAACAAUAUAGCACUGGUUAGGGUUGAGCCUUAUAUACGUAACUGUGAUUUGGUUGGUAUAAUACGAUUGGCCGAUAAAAAUCAAAAGGUUAUCCAUGAUAGACAACCGGCCCAUAUAGGCGGUUGGGGAUCGAAAACUAUUUGGUGGUUUCUACAAACACUCGAUGUAAAGAUAUUUGAUUGGCAACAGUGUAUGUCUAUUAUAGCAAACAAUACCAUUACUACCAACUCAACAACAAUCAUCGAUAGUAGUAAUGUUUGUGUGGUGGCCGACAAAGGAAAGGGAGCCUGUCAUGACGAUGAGGGCGGACCUAUUAUUAGGAAAGUAAUUGAAUAUUCAAAAUAUAUAAACAAAAGAAACAGAACUAUCGACAGACAUCAAGAAAUUAGGGUAAUAAUGGGUGUCCUAUCUAGCGAUCUGUCCUGUGGUCAGUCCGGUCGACCCGAUAUUGUUACCAAUGUUAUCACUUAUCGCGAAUGGAUUAAAGAAAAAACAGGAAUCUAAUGAAUUUAUUAAUUAAUAAUAUUAUUCAUAAUUUGAUUUUUGUUUUAUUAAUUUAUA